UACGUGGACGAGUCGCGAUGCAUCGGGUGCCGGUACUGCGCGGAGAUCGCGCGAAGCACGUUCCGGAUGGAGGCUGAGUUUGGUGCGGCGAGGGUCUUCCAGCAGAGCGGCGACACAGCGGACGUCAUCGCGGAGGCGAUCGACUGCUGCCCUGUGGACUGCAUACACGCGGUGUCGUUCAACGAGCUCGAAGUGCUGGAGCGCCAU